CACAUUACUAAUACAAGCUAUGUAAAAUACUGUGCAAUAAGUCCAUCCGUGAAAUUUCCUUACUACUUGUUCCAAGGUCAUCUGUUAGUGGUAUUAUAACAAAGUGGAAUCAACUGGGAAAAACAGCAACUCAGCCAUAAAGUGGUAGGUCACGUAAUAUGACAGAGCGGGGUCAGCGAACAGAGCACAGAAGUUGCCAACUGUUUACUGAGUCAAUAACUAAAGACCUCCAGAGUUCAUGUGGCCUUCAGAUUAGUACAACGAUGUGUAGAGAGCUUCAUGGAAUGGGUUUCCAUGGCCGAAAAAGCUACAUCCAA